AUGAGCUUAAAAUUAUACUGUGAUUUAUUAUCACAACCAAGUAGAGUUCUUUAUAUAUUUUUAAAAAUUUGUAAUAUACCUUUUGAAACAAAAUUAAUAAAUUUGGGAAAAGGUGAACAUCUUACAUCAGAGUAUCAAAAGAUCCAUCCAUUUCAAAAAGUACCUGCUAUUGAUCAUAAUGACUAUAAUGUUGCAAUUGUGAGAUAUAUAUGUAGAGAAUUUAAGGUGCCUGAUCAUUGGUACCCUAAAGAAUCAAAGUCUCAAGUUAAAAUUGAUGAAUAUCUUGAAUGGCAACACCUUAAUACUAGACUCUUUUGUGCCUUAUAUUUUCGUUUGAAGUAUUUAAUGCCAAUUAUAACUGGACAACCAACAAAUCAGGAAAAAAUAAUGAAAUAUGAAAAAAACUUGAAUGAAACUCUAGAUGUUCUAGAAAAUGUUUGGUUAAAAGAUACAAAUUUUUUAGUUGGUUCUAAAAUUAGUAUUGCUGAUAUAUUUGGUGCAUGUGAGGUAGAACAAGUUCGAAUAACUGGAUAUAAUCCACAUGAAGGUAGACCUCGUGUAGCUUCAUGGAUGAAAAGAGUUGCAAAUGAAACAAGUCCUUAUUAUCAGGAAGCUCAUGUAAUCUUAAAUAAACUUGUGGAUAAGGAAAAGCAAAAAGCAUUGAAAAGCAAAUUUUAA